CGAUGUCGAAAACUUACAGAGCUAUUUAUUUUGGGGAUUUCUUUACCGCUGCAAAUGAUUUCGCGUAUUGGAUGGUCUGGUACUAUGACCUUGUACGUGAGCGCAACUUUGAGUGUAUGCCUUUAUAUCAUCCCAAUGGUGAUGAGAUUUAGUAUGCAUAUACUAGCUUGAGUAUCUUAUAUGUCCUAUUACAUAUUUGAAUAUGCUUACCGCGAAAAGAGACAUCAUAACUUGUGAACAACCAUAUGUUCUGUCAUAAGGUGUGCACCAAUGAAGUGCUUUUGAUGUAGUACCAAGUAGUGGUUGACCACUUCAAGUAUCGUAACACAUGACUUGAUAAAACGGCGAGACUAUGAUUCAAGGACGAACCAAUCACAUUCAAGGACUAUACAAAUGCCCUGGUUUCCGUUUUCAUGCUCCUCUGUAAAAGAUUGAGCCAAUUUUAUCGAUAGGGUUACUGUACUGACCUCUUGGACUUCCUCGUAUUUAUUGGCAGCGUUUUCGUUAUUGGAACCAUCAAAACGGUAGCCAGCCAACUUUCUGAAUAAAACCACCAUCCUUCGCAGUUUGUUAAUUGUCUAUAGUGAAUGAAUGUUUUUGUAUAUGUAACUCACUACUGUAGUGGAUAACCUCAAACUUCAUAAUCACUCAAUUAUCUAGUUGAACAACGUUCUAUAGGUGUGUAUCCACGAAGUUGCCAGAGUACAUAAAACUCUUCUUCGAUAAUCCACUUGAUUGCUGCAAUUAGAACCUGCUUCUUUCUUGUUGCAUUGAUGAGUACAAACUGUUCAGUUGUACGCUAAAUAAUAUAUCAAGGUUAGAAAUAAGUCCAAAAAUAAUGAGUACGAAAUACAGAAAUAUAUCUAUAUGAACGUAUGUAUUAACAGAUAUACGCGUUCAAUAUAAGUUGCUAAUAGAAACCUAUGUUUGUUCAUGACUAACUAUAGAGCACAUAACUAUACCUCUCAUUGGAAAGAAAUGGUUUCGUCAAAUAUUCUAACGAGUCAAUGAAAGCUCUAAAUCUAAUUAAUUGGUUUUACCCUACAUCAGUUAUUAAUCCCAGUUUACCAUACAUUUACAUUAUUUGGCUUAAAUAAAGUGACUGUAGUACACUUAAACGUAAUUAUUUGUUUCUUUUAAUCAGACAUGACGGAUGCGUCUAUAGUAGUUGCUGAGAUGCUAGCUUAAAGCCCACUACAGAAAGAUUUUCUACAUAUCGCUGAGCUGUUUGCUUAACUUUAGCAUAACCUCUAUGCUCAUUCUUAAUCCGCCUCUUAUAAGAGUCGAAUGGGAAGUUUUAUUGCCGAUCUAAAGAUCUAUCCAAAUUAGCGUCAUCAACAAGAUGCUUUGACGAAUGUACAGCAUAAACUAAGUGUUCGGGUCCGUAGCACUAUUCAUCUUAUAUCUAGCUCAAUCUAUUUCGCUGCUGUGUAAUUUAGGAUGCGCUAAUAGAUAUUUCAUCAAUGCUAAGCUUGUCGAAAGUAAGUACAGCGGUAGUGAUUUUUUUUCCAUACAAACAUAAAGUUUAAUGUAUGAUUUCUACGCUGAAUGUUUGGAAGAAUAUAUUCAAUGCAACACGAGGUUGAUUUAUUUAUGUCCGCGACAAUAGUUUUGUGCAUGUUUCUAAGUCUUUUGUACGAAAAAUUUAGCCGUAGUUUGGUUGGUUUCUCCAACACACCUAAGUAUAUCAAGGGCAUUGAAUCAAGAGGGAGUGGUGAAUAGGUUGAACCUGUUGAUGUAAAUUGUCAUCAGUUCACCUUUUGAAAAUCAUCCUUCAAGGUGACGUCCCACUAGUACACACCUAUCACAGCCUACUUUUCUGUUGGGAUUCACUGUAUAUCUAACAUCUGAAUGAGCAGGUGCAUCACAAACGACGGCGACUAGUUUAAUGGCUAUAUGCUUGUUGAACCUAGCAUUAUGCAACCACAAGUCACCCAUUUCUUUUGUCUCGGAAGUUACGUCAGCAGCUAUUUCAUCCAGUACUUAGUUGCCUAAUACUUUAAAUCCUGAUGCCACACAGCAGUAUAAUUUUCUGAACUAGACCCUACUGCUGUUUUUAAAUACUUAUAAUGUCUGGAUAUACGCAAAGUGAAAAUUUAAACCGUGGCUCCGAGACAAUGGUUGAUCGUUAUUGCAACUCUUUAAAUAUUCUUAAAGAAAAGGUUAUGAGUCUAUUAGAACAAUAUCAUUCAAUCAUUAUGCAGAAAAUGGAAUGUGAUUUAGGAAACUUACUCUCCUACGAUGCUGAUGGAUUUCAAAGUCAUUUGGCAGAUGUCUUUUCUCAGUUGAAUGAUGUUGAAGUCCAUCUAAACAACUUGGAAGCAUGGGCUGGACUUCCUCCUGAAUGCUUCACUUCAGCUAGUUUGAACUAUGGUAUCCCAGAUCCGGAUCAAGUAUCUCAUGAAGCCCAAACCCUAGUUGAGGCUAUCCGACAUUUACAAGCUGAAUUGCGUGCUAUGACUACAAAAAGUCAAACAAACAACGCACUCGCCACAGGGAAUGUGCCAUCAGUUCCUCCAGCUGAGAAAAGUGAUAAUAACCAGGAUCGCACUACAUCUUCAGUUCUGAAUACAGUUGCAAAACAAAGUCCUCUUCCAUUAACGGCUAUAAAAUCUGAGAUUACUCCUUAUUCUGUCCAGUCUAAUCCAUGUAUAUCACCAUCUGCUGGUGAUCCGAAUCAAGGAUAUGUAGAUACAUUGCCACAAAUACCAUCUUUUCCAUCAAAUGAAGAAGGACGUAGUUGCCAUCACACCGGCAGUAGACCAUACAAUUCCAAUACUAAUACAGCUACCCGUUCACCUAGUAUCGAUCGACGUCAACAAUCUACUAUUUCGACUGACGUUUACCGCGUUACAUCUGGACACCAUUCUUCAUUUCCUUCACCUAUCCCACCACAACAAUAUGUUUCUGGUCAAUACAAUCAGUUCCCUCCUAGCUCUGUUGAAACCGUAUCUUCAAAUCGUAUGGCUCCUGAAACGUAUUCGCAAUACACAUCACCAGGGUGUUUAACACGAACAACUGGACAGUACACACCAAGACCUCACUAAUAUUAAUUUUGUUACUUUAAACUGGGUAACUUUUACAAUCAUGAUAACAUCAUACAGGAUGACAGUAUUAACUUUUGAUCUGUGUACAAAAUUUGAUCUCUUGUCAAACGUUUUUAUAUUUCAACAAUAGAUAAACGUUUUUUUACUAGUUUCUAGUUUUUGUUGAAUGCAUUUUUGUUGCUGAGUGGUAGUACAGGCAGCGAUAUCCACAGAAAACCAAUGAUGAAAAAUUUUGUUUGUUUUGAUUGCACUCAAAUUAUGUUAACUGCUUCUAAGCACAUUGUACUUUUUUUCUACAAAAUAUGCAUAAUACACAACCAAUAGGCUGGAAAAAGUACUACAAAUAGUAUUAAAUGUAGUUUUUCCUGUCGGGGGUGGUUUCUGAACACACAGAAUAGUUUUUCAUUACUGGGUGGCGAAUUGCUAAUAAUCACUAAAGGUUGAAUCCCGCCUGGGGCUUUUCUUGGGUUGCUGCCAGUCCUAAACCCGUCUAAGGGAGGAGGUUUGGGUAUAAGGUUAACAAUCCCACCCUGUAUGAAAGAACCUUGAUAAAAAAAUACUCUAGCCAGAUAAAGUCGUCCUAAUCAUCUCAUGUUAGAUUUCUUCGUUUCUCACUUCCCCAACUACCAUAGAGAUCAAACGUAUCUUUACUCCCAGUGUGGUUAAAAUUACAGGUUGCAGUUUUCCAUUAGAAUUGUGAUAUCUCCAAAACUUCACCUUUGUUGGUCAAACAGCUUCCCGCGUUGUGAUAGUUUUCUAAGUUGCGUGAGAAAAUGCGACAACUUAUUCUCAAUAUCUCUAAGCACUUCUUCAAAAUAUCCAUCAAACAACCAAAAGCAUUGGAACAAACUUGGUGUGAAUCUUGAUCAAAAACCAGGAUGUUCUACUACUUAUUGCGAGGCUGAAACAGGAGUGAGGAGUUUAAUACGUGUGCCUAAUCAUCGGAUUGCAGGUAAGACCAGUGGGAGUUCUUCAGAGGCGUAUGUACAACCAAAACCACUCAAUAUACAAUAUAAUCCACGUAUGUAUGAUGGUGGCCUGCUUCCAAGAUUAAAUUUUACUGACAAACAAGUUGUUCUACCUGAGCAUAAACCACGAGACUUUUGGUCCCCACAUCGAGCACAUUUUGGCCAAAAUGACUACAUUGAUAUUCUAGGUGAUGGAAAAAUAAAACCACGUGAUUUUUAUACUGGACCUCCAUGGGUAUUAGGUGCACGAAAUGAAUAUCAACGUGUAUGCUCGCGACUUAACAAUCCAGCUAUCGUUGCAUGGAUGGAAGAGUUCGAACCAUCUAAAUUGAUAGCUGAGUAUAAAUUGCAAAGAUACUUGUUCAAGAAAGUGAACAAGCGUAAAAAUAUCAAAUUUGAACGUUAUCGUGAUUCGCCCUAAGUUGUUUUGUCACUGAUUCGACAAUGUUUUGUUUUUUCUGCUGUAUACUUGUAUAUAUGCAUUAAAUAAAUAAAUAAAUAAAUCAUGUAUGAUUUCAUUUCACACUUCUUUGAGUAGAAGGAAGAUCCAGUUGGGUCAUAGUACCUCGUACAGUAAUCCCACAGUAAAUAGGAAGUUAUACAAAUUACGCAAUAGUUAUUUUAAGUAAUAGACCAUUCACUUUUCUUGCUUCAUUGGUAAAAAGAUUGACCUCGAAAAGCUACCUUGUUUAGGCCGCCUCAUAACAUUUCAUUCUCUCUAGUAUUUUUCCGGUUGCCAAUGAUAAUCCUUAAAAUGUCUGUUGAAAUAUAUAGUAGUGAGUUGGUUGGUUAUAGAUUUCGUGACAAAUAAUGAAUGUGUACACAGAUUGUAUUCUUGUUGAUAGUUCCUAUAACUCGUUAAUCUUCAGUACGGACCGAAUACUACUUACCAGAAAUACAUAUCUACUUUUUCAAUUGAUUCAUUAGAAUGCUGAGUUUGUAAUUAAAUUUUUAACUUACUAUCCUGUACUCACUCUCUUUACAUAACUUAGUCCUUCCUGUAUUGGAUUGGUCCAAAUACUAAUACUGUCAAUUGUAAUGUUCUUGACAGUCUCUAAAGGAUAUGAUGUUGAAUCUUGAGAUGUACAUACUUUUAAACAAAUUU